CCUGACGCGCGGGAGAUUUGAAUCGCGGCGUCGGCGGGUGGUGCGGGGUAGGGGAGCGGAGCGGAGCUGCGGGGUUCGGCUGGGUGUCCGCCGCCAUGGGGGUUUCUGGCAGCGCCCCAGUCACCCCCCACAACAAGCACCUGGCGCACGUCAGCGACCCCCGCUCCCCCAGCGCCGGUAUCCUGCGCACGCCUAUCGAGGUGGUGAGCUCCCCGGCGGGCAGCCCUCAACCCGGCCCCGCCGAGCCGGUGGCGAGCUCCAGCCAGGACCGGGACCCACGCUCGCCCACACCCGGCAUCUCCCGCACGCCCAUGAGAGCCGUGUCGAGUGACAGCGUGGACCGCCUGGUGAAGCAGCUCAGCGAGACCUUCAGGGCUGAGGCCGCGCCACAGGAGCUGCCGCCGGCGGCAGAGGAGCCGGCCCGGUGGAGCUCCCCGGAGGCGGCCGCCCCCUCGGGGGAAGAGGCGGAGCGGCCGCCCUCUCCCAGCGCCGGCCCGGCUUGGCCGACCCGCGCUGCCGGGCUCGGCUUCCCCGCGGGGAGCAAGCCUGUAAGACGCAAGACCAACAACAAAAUCAUGGCAACAUCUGGUGGAACUGGCCGCUCUCCCCUCAGCAUCCUACAAGAUGAUAAUUCCCCCAGUGCUCCUGCCCCUCGCCAGGGUAAGAGGCAUGUGUUGGGAGAGAGCCUUGGGGAGAAGAAGGAAGUAACAGAUCUGAGCAGGAGCCUCAAAUCUGGGAACUGUGCUUGGAGUGAUUUGAACAAAGAGAACCAACAAUGUCCUUUUGUGGAGAACUAGAGAUUUCCUUUUCCAGGAUCUUGCUGUAAUUUACUUCUAUGUUUUCAGAGUCUUCUAGAGUGAGAAAUCCUGCAAUAGACCGAAACUCCAGACUUGUGGUCGUUCUUCUCACCUAUCCAUGUUGGGGAAAGGGCAAAGAGCACAUUCUCUCUUCUGGCUUUGCAUGUCUUAUAGUACAGACUUUGACUCUUCUGUUGUAUAUCCUCUAGAGUUUUUAGCUGUAGCAAAUAAAUUUGUAUUAAACCUU